CAGACCUGCUGGAACUGUGCUGUGAUCUGAAUGCGUGGCGGAAUAGUAGGAUCCCCGAUCAUUGCGUCUCCGAUCGUUGCGGGUGAAGAAGUAAUAGUGGCUAGUCGCAUAUCAUUAUCGCGACGAGACGUCCCUGAUGCGUUUUUCCCGGAUUCUUUAGAGAAUUCACGUGCGUGCGGUUGGUGCUUCACACGUUUCGACUUCGAGCCAUCACUAACACACUUCCAAGUGGCAACAAUUCCAACGCUAUUGGCACUCUUGUCCCUCGCGAAUAGUCUCCUUAUCUUAUCGUGAGGCCAUCUGUCGCAACAAUGGACGAAAUUCGCGAACGUUCGCCACUUAAAUCUUCGGAUCUCGAAUCCGAUCGACGUCAAACGAACGCCACGUCAUCAUCGACUAGAAACUGGUCUGCUGGUGCCGUCGAGAGUACCACUGCCACGUCAUACGACACGUCUUCCUCUGAAGCCAUGUCAUCUUCUGAGCCCGUCGCGUUGCUGCAGUACGAGCAGCAGCUGCUGACGUGGCUACAACGGUUCUCCAGCGAGCUCGCGAGUCGGAUCACCGAGAUCGACGGCCGGAUCGACGGAUUGCUGAUCGAUGCGGCUCGCGUCGACACAACGCUUCGCGUGGCUGAGGCGAGGCUGCAGUGCGCUCCCGUGACUCGCGGCGCCACUCACACCAUCUCGGACAGCUCGCAGCGGCAGCAGGGUCUAAGGCACUCCUCCGCUCGCGCUGAUAGCCCACACCUGCAGCAGCAGCAGCAGCGCGAAGGACGACAAGCGGGAGCGUCAGCAAAGGUCGGUGGGUCGAGCGGAACCCUUGGCAAAACAAAUCGCGGCACAGCGCAGGCGCGCGCGAGUCAGGCGCGAGGCGACCUUAGCGGGAGCGUGGGGAUGUCUUUAGUGGGGACAUCAUCCGCUUUUGAAGGCGGUAAGCAGAUGGAUGGUCAGGAAGGGGGAAGAGGAGGGCGGUUGGGCUUUGAAGAACGGGUUCAGGUGAAUUAUCAGGUGGCGCUUCAUCUAGGGUUUGAUGCGUUGGAGGAGAUUCGGGAGGAGGGGAAGAGGGAGGAGGAGAGGAGAGGAGGGGGGAGGAAACAGCGAGGUGAGGAACGAGCAACUUGUGGCGCCUUCGCCUCUCCAGCAGCAGCCGGCGCAGCAGCAGCCGUCGCAGCAACAACAGGAACAGCAGGAAUAGCAGGAAGAGCAGGAGGCGCAGGAGGAGCAGGAGGCGCAGGAGGAGCAGGAAGAGCAGGAAUAGCAGGAGGAGCAGUCGAAGGAGUAGCAGAGGGAGGAGCAUCGGCAAAAGCAGCAGCGGCAGCAGCGGGGUUGACAUCAGGAGCAGGUGGAGGAACACGCCAGAGUGCACAUCAACAGCAGCAGGACCGGCAGCAGCAGCAGCAGCAGCAGGGGGUGCAGGAGGGGCAGGUGACAGUAGUUCCAGAGGACGCAUGGAGCGACGACGAGGGUGAUAGUGAUGAAGGUAAUAGUAGCGGUGGAGGCAGUGACAGUAACGAGGGCGACACUGGCAGCCUGGACUCUGGUUUCGCCAGCAGCGAAGGGGGGAGGACUUUCGGCAGCACCAGUGUGCACAGCUCCCUUGGGCUCAAUCCCAGCCCCCUUGGAAUGAGCUCGAACCUUCACCUUUAUGGCACUGCUGCUGACGCAAGUCAGAGCUACUUCAGUCCGCAGCUCACAUCUGCAGCAGCAGCGGCGGCUGCAGGUGCUGCUGUCGGUGCUGCGUCCCCCCUCUUUCCAGCCUACAGCCAAUCCCUGCCUCCGUUCCCUGGCCGCCCAGAUUCCCUCAGUGCGCUGGCCUCUCUGUACGACUUUGCCACGGCCAUCCCCACCCCCUCCUCUCCCCCUGACCCCUCUGCUCCUGGGGGGUUUGCUGCUUCGGUUCCCAUGCACCCCUCAACCACGGAAGCACCUGGUGCGCCUGCUUCUGCUGCUGCUGCUGCUGCUGCUGCGCACCUGGGUGUUGGGGAGAGAAUUUCCCUGCCAGGUGUCUGGUCAGGUGAUUCUGCUGCUCCUCCUGGAGCUGGGCCAGGUGCUUUCCCAGGUGCUGCAGCAUUUCUGCCUGGCUCGUCUCCCUCUCCUCCGCCCUUCCCUUCUCCCUCCCUCUCUCUCAUGGAGCCCUCGGGAUGGGCUGUUGAUAAUUUUCGGUCCUUGCUAGAGCAAGCACUGCGAGCACCUGGUGCUGAUAGCAGUUAGAGCAGGUUUCCCUCCUCCGCCCGUCCCUUCUCCCUCCUGCUCCGCCCAUCCCUUCUCUCUCCUCCUCCGCCCGUCCCUUCUCCCUCCUGCUCCGCCCAUGCCUUCUCUCUCCUCCUCCGCCCGUGCCUUCUCCCUCCUGCUCCGCCCAUCCCUUCUCUCUCCUCCUCCGCCCGUCCCUUCUCCCUCCUCCGCCCAUCCCUUCUCCCGCCCUCUCUCUCACUACAAGCACCUGGUGUUGACAGCACUUCCCUGCUCGCUCUCCGCACCUCAGAGCACCUAGUGGUGAGCUGGGUUGUCUCCGCACUUCUCUGCUCCCUCUCCUCCGCCUCCUGUGCUCUAUCUCCUCCUCCCUCCCCUUUCUCUUCACUCCCACUCGUGGAACUGUCAGGGUGGGCUGUUGAUACUUUCUGGUCGCUAUACAGCCUCAGAGCGUGUUCCAAUCAGGGCCUCAAAUUCGUUUUGGGGCACGCUGAUCGCUCAGGGCCCCCCUUCCUUAGCUCCCUGUUUUUUCAGGCCUCGCCAAAAAAUUUACGCUGAUCAAUCAGGGUGCUGUAAAAAAAUUGCGCUGAAAUAAUAGGGUCAACUACAGAAAACACGCUCUUCGAAUACAUGUCAUAAUUCGUCACAGGUUCCUGAUCAGUCUUGGUUGGUCACAGUCAAGUUGGCGUGUGUGACUGACAGGGGUAAAUGGAGGGGGAAAUCAUGGAAAUUACGGGUGGGGGGGUUGAGGCUCGAUAACCGCUACUACACGUAUCAGGGUCGGUCCCCAAUUCGACGCAGGAAAAACAGGCCUCACUACACUAGGCAAGUUGUAUCAACUUAUACAUAUUAGCUAUGUAGAAGUUAUAGGCUAGACUGAGGUAUGCUUCUAG